AUGGAAAAUACAAGAAUAUAGCAGAAGAGCUGCGCGGCUGAGCUUGGUCAGAGCGCAAUGCAAACCCCUGGCGGACGGCCUUGGCACCUACUAAGCGGCCCCUCUCUCGCGGCGGUGUUUGUCUCACGUGUGGGCGGUGCUGCUGUUUGUGAUUCGUUUCCUCGUAGCAGACGAUAUUUUUUGAGUCGCCAAGAUGCUACGUUUUAGUGGGGCUGUACGCCCGAUUUCCUCAUGCUUCCAUUUCAACGUGUACAGACACCCAAUCUCUGCGGUCUCUUCAUCAUCGAAGUACCUGUCUACUCAAGUGCGCGAACCGGCUGGUCCCAACGUGGUCACUUCCACAUUUCCAGGCCCCAAGUCCACCGAACUGAAGAAAGAACUUGAGUCCAUCCAGAAUGUAGGCGCCGUGCAAAUGUUCAUUGAUUACGAGAAAUCGAUAGGAAAUUAUAUGUUCGACGUAGAUGGCAAUGUUUUCCUCGACGUUUAUACUCAGAUCUCGUCUCUCCCUCUUGGAUAUAAUCAUCCAGCCAUGGUUCAAGCGGUACAGAAACCAGAAAACGUGGCGACAUUUGUCAACAGACCUGCCUUGGGUGUCCUACCGCCCAAAAAUUUCGUGAACAGGCUCAGAAACUCGCUUCUUUCAGUUGCUCCUGCUGGAAUGCAGGAAGUGCAGACCAUGUCUUGCGGUUCGUGCUCAAACGAGAACGCCUUCAAAGCCGUUUUCAUACGGCACGUCGCGCUCCAACGCGGUGGGAGCCCUCCAACACCUGAAGAACUCCACAGCUGUAAGUACAACUUACCUCCUGGGGCUCCCAAGCUAUCCAUUCUCUCAUUUGACGGCGGUUUCCAUGGAAGAACGUUCGGCGCGCUUUCCACGACGCAUUCCAAGUCGAUACACAAGUUGGACAUACCGUCCUUUGAUUGGCCCAUUGCCCGCUUCCCAGAAUACAAGUACCCAUUGGAGGAGUUUGAGUCGCACAACAAGCAGGAAGACGACAAGAGCCUCGCUCACGUUGAAGAACUGAUUCACGAGUACAAAAGAAAAGCUAUUCCUGUCGCUGGCUUGAUCAUCGAGCCCAUACAAGCAGAAGGCGGUGACAGACACGCAUCUGAUGAAUAUUUCAGACGGCUCCGGAGUCUCGCAGUGAAGCACGACGUCCUUUUCAUAUGUGACGAAGUUCAGACUGGGUGCGGUCCGACUGGUCGUUUCUGGGCACACGAACACUGGGGGUCAGAUAACCCACCCGACGUGGUGACAUUCAGCAAGAAAAUGCUCACGGGGGGCUACUACUACAAGCCGGAAGUGCGUCCAAAAGAAGGAUACCGCAUUUUCAACACGUGGGUGGGUGAUCCGACCAAGCUGUUGCUCAUCGAAGAAGUGCUCAAGGUCAUCCGCACGGAAAACUUGCUGGAAAACGUGAGGACCACGGGAAAACACUUGCUGGACGGCAUGAGCGAGAUCAGCAAGAAGUACCCUGCCACGUUUCUCAACCCCAGGGGACGUGGAACGUUCUGUGCAGCGGAUCUUCCCACGGAAGAGGCGAGGAAUAAGUUUGUGACGCAGAUGCACCUCCUCGGAGUUCACUGCGGAGGCAGCGGAAGCAAGACGGUCAGAGUCCGCACGGCACUAACCUUUGAGAAGAAGCACGCCGACAUUAUGUUGGAUCGUGUUAAUAAGGUACUCGCAGAAAAGUUCUGAAACCCGGUGACCAUCAACGAGUGUCUGGUAACGAUGGCAUUGGCCAGUACCUCUCACAUAUACAAGUUUUCUUAUAGUUCUCAUAAUGCUGUGCUCUACAUUUCGCUGCAUCAAAGAGCUUACAUUUAUAAAUGUUGUGCGCGCUAGACCCUGGCAGGGGUUGAUAAUAACGGCUUUGAUUCAAAAGAGGCACAGAGGUGUUCUACUUGUUGCGAAUGGACUGGCAGAAAUACAGCGAAUAGUAUUUUAAAAAUGGUACGUUGCCGAGAGAAAGCACGUAGUGCAAGUAGAUGACGUUGUAAACGCUGUACCUACAUCACUCACUUGUUACUGUGGUUACUGCACGUGGAAUGAAUACUGGAGACAUAGAAAGGGAUUAAUAUAGCCGAAAAAACAAUGUUGUAGGGUCACACACGUCAUGGCAGCUUGCUCACACCCCUGGUUGAUGUAGUCUACGGUAUGAUUUUAAGUCAACUGCCAAGUUGUUACAUUACUGCGACUCGUACAAGCAGCUUGUAUAACGACCUGUCGGUUUGAGCUUCAAGGUGGCGGUCAUUCCUUCUGUUUGUACUAAGAAUGACAUUGAGUGUAUAUGAUUUGUGAUGUGGGGGUGCUGUUAUCGUAUAUAUGUGCGUGGUUGAUUUUGGUUGAGUUUCCCAGCAUUCUGUGUUGUUGAGUAAUGAGCAGUGUUUAUCUUAGCAGCUUACUCAAGAGCUAGAGUGAUAACGUCCCCCAAGAGAUAUGUGUAGCCCUUUCCAGAAUCACCCAUCAUGUCAUGCCCAUUAUUUGUAGAGUGGUGUCUAAUUUUUUUCGUUUGUAAAAUCAUGUUUUCCUUCGUGAUAUGGUUUUCUGAUGAUAUUCUGUACACAUUGUAUACAAAUUACACGUUUUUGUGUGUGCUUUGUUUCAUGUGUUUACUGGCAAUGUAAAGGUCGACGUAUUUGUACUUUACACUAUUUACACAUGUUUUGAUGUGCACAUUUUAUUAGGCAGGGAAACAAAAGUACAUGCAAGUGCCUCCCUACUUUAAAUUAAUAUAUUAGAAAAGCUUUUUAAAAUCUCGUCUUUCCACAGUAAUCUUUACCCAUUUACAAAGUAGGCUUUAUAGCUGUCUCAGUGUAGAACCAAUGAUGUUGAUGGUUAAAAGAAACCUUGUAAAUAGAUAGGAGGAGAUUAGCUGAAAUUUUAUGGAUGUACUAGAAGCGUGACGUAACAGUCUUUCAGCUCUAGCAGCGUUUGAGAGGCUAGACCAUAAAAAUUAGUCAACAUAUUUAAUUUUUGGCAGAUGCAAAAUUCCUUGCCACACACGUGCGUAACAGCCCUAUCUUGAGGCAUGUUUUGUAAGUAUGUAAGUAGUACUGACAUGACUGUAGUGGUUCAUGAAACACUAAUUUUGAAAAAACACGACAUGCUACGAGCGGAAUCUUUUAGUUCUCUUAUAUGGUAAAGGAUACUAAAGGCCAGAUAGCAUAAAAAUGUUCUCCACAACUAAAUCAUUGUCGUUCCGGUUGCAAUAAACGCUUGUUUUACCCUGUGA